UUUGUAGUUCAUUCAUCCACGAGCGUGGUUGUACUAGGGCAAGGAGCCGCCCGAUCGGCAGCUCUCUUUCAAGCUUGCCUGUCUCGCGCCGGAGCUUGUCUUGCCCAUCUCUCUGUGCUGAUCGCCUCACACUUCGGCUGCAACCAUGGCUCGCGGUUUGAAGAAGCAUUUGAAGAGGCUCAAUGCUCCCAGACAUUGGAUGCUUGACAAGUUGGGUGGUGCCUUCGCCCCCAAGCCAUCUCCUGGACCACACAAGGAAAGGGAAUGCUUGCCCUUGGUUGUGAUGCUGAGAAAUAGACUGAAGUAUGCCCUGACCUACCGUGAGGUGGUAGCCAUUGUCAUGCAACGUCUGAUUUCCAUCGACGGCAAGGUCCGCACUGACAAGUGCUACCCUGCAGGGUUUAUGGAUGUGAUUUCCAUCGCCAAGACAAACGAGAACUUCCGACUGUUGUACGACAACAAGGGUCGUUUUACACUGCACAACAUCAGUGCGGAAGAGGCCAAGUACAAGCUGUGCAAAGUCAGGUCUGCCCAAUUUGGAGACAAGGGUGUCCCACACAUCACUACCUUCGAUGGCCGCACCAUCAGAUACCCAGAUCCCCUUAUCAAGGCCAAUGACACUGUCAAGAUCAACCUCGAGACGGGUAAGGUCGUAGAGUUCAUCAAGUUUGAUAUCGGGAACAUCGUUAUGGUGACUGGAGGGCGCAACAGAGGCCGUAUCGGUGUGAUCCAACAUCGUGAGAAGCACAAAGGGAGCUUUGACAUCAUCCACGUGACAGAUUCUACUGGACAGCAGUUUGCCACCCGUAUGGGUAAUGUGUUCACUGUUGGUCAGGGCACCAAGCCUUGGAUCACUCUUCCUCGCGGCAAGGGUAUCAAGCUUUCCAUCGUGGAGGAGGCCAAGAAGCGAACUCAAGCUCUCAAGGCGGCUGCUUAGAAUCAGUUCGAGUGGCUCUUCUGUGUUUUAGUGCCCUAACUAAUGGCAGAGGCCAUGUGUAGUUCUCAUGGAAACUAAUGCAAUUUUUCAUAUUGCUCGAAUUGUUUAUCUUCACGAGUUAACUUAAAAUUCGAUGAA